ACCAACGGUGGAGAUUUGGCCGGAGCGAUUUCAUCGUUACAGAAUCCGUUAUACUGACUUUCGCUUCAGCAUCGGCGGAGAAGACGAAGAUGGCGAGUCUCUGUCUCUCAUCGUCACUUGCUCUCUCUCUUCGCCUCCCUAAUCGCAGCAUCAAUCCGUUUCUCUCUCUAAAUUCUCGGCUUCUUUCGCCGGAGGUCUCCGUUUUCCGUCGUGAUUUGGGCUCUGUUUGCUUCAAGCCGUUGAGAGUAUCGGUCGAUCGUCUGCGUAUGGCGAUGGCGAGGGUGGAGAAGCGGAGGAGGGGAUCGAGUGUAGUCUGCUAUGCUGCGCCUCUGAGUCUUGGUAAUCUGCAGUGGAUCUCGACCAUCUCUUCGAUUCUACUUUUGCUUUCGAAGGGCACCGGUAUCAAGAAGUCAUUCCUUGUUCCUCUAUUCGCCCUACAAGCACCCACGAGCGUUAUUUCCUGGAUGAAGGGUGAAUACGGCAUCUGGGCUGCAUUCCUUGCACUUCUUGUUCGAUUGUUUUUCUUUAUUCCAGGUGAGCUUGAACUGCCAUUUGUUGCACUGCUCUUGGUGAUUGUGGCGCCUUACCAAGUUACAAACUUAAGAGGAAAACAAGAAGGAGCAAUCCUUUCUUUGGUAAUCGCCGGGUUUCUGGCUUUCCAACACUUCUCACGAGUUGGCAGCUUGCAGAAAGCAUUUGACCAGGGCUCGAUUCUUGCCACUUUAGGAAUCAUUUGUCUCACAGUUGUAUCAUUCCUCUUCUUGAUGUGAAGACCCUCUUGAACAAUCAGAAGGUCUGUGUGCUGUCUUUAAGAAUAUGUUACCCAUAGAUCAUUGCUUAUGGAGCCAGAGUUUGGAAUGAAAGUUCAUCACAAGAGAAUCUGCAAGGGCAGAGCUAAGGUACAUUACUACAUUAUGCCUAAUGCUUUUGCAAUAAUUUAAUAUAUAUAUAUAUAUGGUAAACUAAUAUGCUUCCAUGAUGAAUAAUGUGGCAAGAGAACAGAUGAGUGUAUGUAUUAAAUCUAAAUAUGAUUUCUAGUAUGUACAUUACUUCAUCUUUAUUUCAAACUUAUUAGAGAUUGAGGGCUUAUGUUUGAAGAUUAAAUUUAGAUACUAUUAAAGACAAUCAUAAGGUGGUAUGAUGUUAUUAUAUUUUAUUUUGUAUGUA